UUACCUGCCGUACCACUUAUAAUGCAACGAUCUUACUACGAUUGGAACUAUACGGCAGAAGUCGAUGAAUUUGAAGACUCCUGUCGUCGCACGCCUUCUUAUGAAUUAACAUUGGGGAAAAUGCUGGGUGGUAGCAGCUCAUUGAGUUACAUGGUUUAUCAUAGAGGACAACCCAGUGAUUAUGACUCUUGGGCUGAGAUAGCUAAUGAUGCAACAUGGAGAUGGGAAAAUGUUUUACCAUAUUUUAUCAAAUCCAUCAAGCUGAAUGACGCACAAAUUCUACAGUCAGUAAACAAAAAAUAUUAUGGAACUGAUGGAUUACUACAAUUAACUAAAGAUCACCGAAAAGGAAUAGAUGAAUUCCUAGAUGCCUACCGAGAACUUGGACAUGAUGUGGUUCUUGACUUCAAUGAAAACAAUCUUUUAGGAUUUUCAUCGCAAAUGUUCACAAUCGCUGGUAGAUCUCGCCAAAGUUCAGCUUAUGCAUUCUUAUCUCCCGUCAAAAACCGGCGUAACCUUCAUUUAUUGAAAAAUACAUUAGUAACUAAAAUUUUGUUUGACGAAAGUAAAAAGGCCGUCGGUGUUAAGGUCCUUACUGAAGAUCGUAAAACGAUGACACUGAGAGCUAAAAAAGAAGUCAUUGUUUCUGCUGGAGUAAUCAAUACACCAAAACUCCUUAUGUUGUCUGGUGUGGGACCAAAGCAACAAUUAGAAUGUAAAAACAUUGAGGUAGUUUCAAAUUUACCUGUAGGUGAGAACCUACAGGAACAUGUUGAAGUUAUUAUUGUCCAUAAUGUAGAUAUCGGACCAUUACCACCUCCAACUCCUUAUGAACUAACAGGAUUCUCAUUUACUGGUUUUAUUUCAUUGAAUCAAUCUUCAAAAAUUCCAGAUUACCAGCAAAUUACUUAUGUAACUUUACCAGGACCAGUUUUAUACUACUGCACAUUUGCAUUUAGAUUUAGCGAUGAAGUUUGCAAUAAAAUUUACAAACAAGGUGUAAAUAGAGCUCAAGCUUAUAAUGAAAUAAUUAAUAUUAAUCCAAAGUCGCGAGGGAAAGUGCUGUUAAAAAGUACAGACCCUGAAGACCCUCCAAUUAUUAAGAAUAGAUUUUAUUCAAAUAAAGAUGACAUUGAAAACCACAUUGAUUACAUUUUGAAUUUUUUACGUGUCAUGAAAACAAUCUAUUACAGCGAAAUUGACGCAGUGAUGGCAGAUGCAGCUCCUAAGUGUAAUAAGUAUAGAAAAGAAAGUAGAGAAUACUGGCGUUGUUAUAUUAUGUGUAUGUCGUCUGGAACGAGUCAGAUAACUAGUACAUGUCCCAUGGGCACUGUUGUUGAUAGUAGAUUAAAAGUUCAUGGUGUAAAAGGUCUGCGUAUAGCUGAUGCUAGUGUGAUGCCAACAAUUACAAGAGGGAAUCCAAUGGCUGCAGUUAUAAUGAUCGGGGAAAAAGUAUCCGAUAUGAUAAAACAGGAUCAUAAUAUAUUAUAA